UCAAAGUCAGGUCUAUAAAUAGGUCUUUUACUUCAAUUAUAAGUAAGCGAUUUGCUGAAGAUCAAAGCCAUGUCUAUAAAUAGGUCUUUUAAUUCUUUUAGGAUUUUAAGUUCUCAUAAUUUUUCAGUACAUCUUCUUCAACUUUCAAAGUUAAUAUAAUGGCAGCAACGCCCAACUCCAGUACCGUUAGUCUGAAGCUCCUCAUGGAUGUAAAGCGUCAAAAGGUUCUCUUUGCUGAAGCCGGUAAGGAUUUUGUGGAUUUUCUUUUCGCUCUUCUCUCUUUGCCUAUUGGUACUGUCAUUAGGCUUCUCUCCAAGGGUGGGAUGGUUGGUAGCUUUGGUAAACUGUAUGAGAGUAUUGAAAAUCUUGAUAAUACAUAUAUCCAACCCACACUAAACAAGGAUAUCCUGCUCAAACCCAAGGCACCAGUUGAUGGACCUAAUAUCCUCAAGUUGGCCAACAAUGUUGAAUCAAGUGCUCGAAAGGAGCUCUAUUUGUGUAGUCAUUCAAAUAAUUACUCUAAAUCCCACCCGUACGUGACUGAAAACCCCAAUGAAAAAUGUCCAUCGUGUUCAUACCCCAUGAACCUCCGAACUACUUAUGUCGGUCAGCCGACUACCACGGAAGCAACUUCUGGUGCCGGCGCUGCUGGAUAUGUCAAAGGCGUUGUGACAUACAUGAUAAUGGAUGAUCUGGAGGUGAAGCCCAUGUCCACCAUUUCAAGCAUCACUAUGCUUAACAGGUUCAAUAUCAAGGAUGUUGGGGCCCUUGAAGAGAAGGUUGUUGAACUUGGCAUGGAUAAGGGUGUGAAGCUGUUGAAGGAGUCUCUGCGGUCCAAAUCUGUCCUAACAAAGGUCUUCCUUGAGAAGAAAGCUGGGAUUGACAUAUCAUUCUCGGAGGAUCAACUACGUAGAGGUGCAUCCUCAGCCUCUGCUGCAACCAACACUACAUCUAUUUCAUUUGGAGCAUCCUCGCCUUCUGCUGCUACUUCUAAUAGUGCAGCCACAAUAUUUGGAAUAUCGCCCUUUGCCUCUGCUCCUGCACCAGUUCAGGCUUCCAAUAGCUUCUCAUUGGGCGACCCUGAUAAGUCUAAUAUAAGGAUUGUGAGGGUUAAUCGCAGGAGGGUUAAUCGCAGGAUGUAAUUGGAUUGGUUUACUAAUAAGGGCAUAAUGCCCUUGUCAUGUUACGGAGAUCAGAUACUUUUUUUUUUUGCCCUUUUUCUUUUCAUUAUCUUAGGUUAAAAUGAUGUAUGUCCCAGCCUUAUUGUGCUUUUCUCUACCAUUUUCUGUAUACUCUUGUUGUUUGUAACAUAAAUGGAACAGGUCGGAAUGUGUCACAGCUCCGCUGCUUUUGCCAGU